AUGGAUAUUUCAUUUGCUUUGACGGGCAAGGGCUAUGUUAUAGUUGCCGCUGACAUGACCGCCGCACGCUCCAUCAUCAAGAUGAAGUCGGACGAGGACAAAAUAAAGGUCCUAGGUCCCAACCUUCUCAUGGCUUACUCUGGAGAACCAGGUGACACCGUGCAGUUCGCCGAAUACGUGGAGAGAAACAUCCGUCUAUACCAGAUCCGCAACGACUAUGCACUGCGCCCGCCCUCAGCCGCGUCCUGGAUACGCCGUGCUCUCGCAGAUUCUGCUCGGUCACGCCGACCGUAUGCAGUCAACCUCCUUCUCGGCGGGUACGACACGAGCACACACAGCCCUCAUCUAUACUGGGUCGACUACCUCGGCACGCAAGCAAGUGUCCCGUUUGCCGCGCACGGCUACGGCAGCUACUUUGCACUCAGUUUACUCGAUCGUUAUCAUAAUCCGGAAGCAACGCUGGAGGAAGGUCUCGCUGUCUUGCGGAGGUGCAUCGACGAGGUCGCGAAGCGGCUGAUUGUGGCGCCAGGGAGAUACAAGGUGAAGGUGGUAGACAAGGAUGGUGUUCGGGAAGUCGAGCUGUAG